AUGUCCCAAGCACCAGUAACACCGAAAUGGCUGGGGGGCCAACGUGAAUCUCGUCGGACGUCGGGAUCGGAUGAUCAAGCGGCCAAGAUCCAACAAGUCGAAUUCGACCGCCUGGCAGCAAACCUCAUCUCGUCGGCAAGCAACCACAUCAACGAGGAAGAUCUCCUACAAGCGGACAGGUCAAAUUUCGCCGCAUGGGAAGACUUCAUCAAAGAACGAAUGAGGGGUUCGACUGGUGUGGUUUUGUUUUUCAACCGACCGGCUCAAAACCUCCUGCAUGAGCGCGUUGGCCAAGCAUUACUUGUCAGCUCGAUACAUCAAUCACUCCGCCGAGGGGUCUCUAGACACGCAACAGCGCAUGCGAUGUUUUUCGACCUACAUGCGAGAUUUCAUUCAGUCAGCCAAGCCGCUGUGGAACUACUCUUGGGAGGAAUAGAGCUUGAGAGGGAUGAGUGCUUUAUUGGGCUGCCUCUCUGA